AUGUUCAGCACUUUAAACUCUAGUUAAUAUCUUAAUAGUCAAAUAAAUAGUAAGAAUAUAUAAUAUUGUUAGAUUUUAUGAAUCCUCAGAAUUUUACCUAACCUUUAAGUUCUUCACAACUCAAUAGACAUAAUAAUUAAGAAAUGAUCUAAUCAGUUACUAAGUAAAAUGAAGAUGAAAUGAAUAUUGAAAAACUUGUAAAUAUUAUUAUAAUUCUUAGGAGCAAAAUAACUAGUCAAAUUCUGAUGGUAUGGUUAAAAAGGAUAGCUUUGCAUGCAAUACAACUUUUUAGACCAUUAAAUAAGAAUUUAAUAGAGAAUCUCCAUAUAUAAAGAUUAGUGUAUAUAAAUAGCACCAACUGGCUAAUUAAAAAAUUUAUAUUCUUCAAGAUGACAAGUAAUGUCUCUCAUUUAUUUUUAGAAUAAUAGGUGGAAAUCAAGUUUAUAACAAUGAAAUUUAAAUAAUAAGAAGAAAGAAAGCUUAAAGAGCUGGAGAUAACAACAUGGAUUUUGGUAUAAAAAAUCAAUAUAUUUAAGGUCUUUCUGGUUAAGAAUCUAAUGUUGAAUAAAUCCCUUGUAAAAUUUUAACAGAUAAAGGAUUCCGUUUUUCUAGUAAAAUCACUCCUGAAAUUCUUGUAUUACUUUCAUUAAAGUACUUAUCAUAAGAAUAGAAUUUACAUUCUAAAUUUACUUAAUUACCUUCAAAUGUGUUUAAACUGAUUCAUUAAUUUAUUAAGUAGAUUAUUUUUUUAUUUUUAAGAGAAGAACCUAAAUUUUAUGUUUAAGAUUGUGGAACAUCUCUAAAGACAUUAAUAAGAAUUCCAAAAGAUAAGCCAAAAAAUAUAUAAAUCAAUAAUAAAUACUUAAUUGGAGCAGAUUUAUACUUUAAUGUUGUUUAGUUAAGCACUAAUCCAAAAUAAAUUAAUAAAUAAAAUUAAGAAACUGAUGUUGAUUAUUUUUUCUAAACUCUUGUUAGAGAACAUGUAAGAGAUAGAUCAAGAAUACAUGGUUUAACUAAAGAAGAAUCAGUUAUUUUUUAAUGUAUUAAUAUUUGACAUAACAUUCUAGAAUACUUAUAAAAUUAUUAAUAAUUGAAAAAGAAGGGAAGAAAAUAAUAUACUUUAUAAAAUUGUAAUCGACCAUUCCUUAAAAUAUAAUUUGAAACUCCAAUAGUCAAAUAAAUAGCUGUAUUUAUUGCAAAAGAAGGACAAUAAUAAAUCUUUAAAAUUGGAAGAUCUUAAGAUUGUGACAUUAUUGUUAAUAUAAAUACUGUUUCUAGAAAGCAAACAUAAAUUAAAUUCAAUAGAAAUUAAUGGGAAAUAUGUGAUGGAGAAGGAAUAAAACAAUCUGCCAAUGGAACUUGGUAAUCUUUAUAAUAAUUUGAAAAUCCUUUAAAUUAAAAAUCAUAAAAGAGUAUACCAUUAUAAAUAGAAGAUAAAAUGGAAAUCAAAAUAAGUGAAAGUGUUUUUAAAUUUGAAAUGGUAGGAUUUGGUAUCUCGAAAAGGUAAUAUAUUUUCAAUAUUUUAUUAGAAGAAAAUUAAAUAAUUCAUUAUAUAAAGAGCUAACUAACAUUGAGUAAUUAUGA